AUGGAGUUCAGGCAAUUUAGAACAAAAGAGGUAUUGGACCCGGUAGAUAUAGAUUAUUACUGUGAUCGAUCACGCUCGCCGAGUCCGCCACCCGUGUUUAACACUACUGUAUGUUGUGAUUUGGAAGACAUCUUGAGCGACGCCAUAUCAGAGACAUUGCAUAGCUCUCUCCGUGUGAGCCGCAGUCAGCUGAUUAACCAAGAAUUGACUAUAAGACCGGAGGCCAAUAUUGAAGCAAACGUACCAGAGGGCUUAGACUUGUACAAAGUUAUCUUUGAGGUAGAGAGUGACACGGAGGGGAGGAUGAGUGACGUAGAGGGUGCCGCAGUAGACAACAAUUCAUUGACUGAUCAGGAGUCCUGCCGGCUGGUCGGCGGCUCCAAGUUCUACGAGAUGAUGGACAGUGCCACGUCUGCGGACGUGUCCACUCCCUCGCCCACUGAGAAACACGACCACAUGAAGCCCACUGAGAGUGAUGAUGAAGUUUCAGACGUAGACCAAGAGUGCACGAGGUUCAGCGGUGUCAGUUACCUCGGCGCGCAGAAUAUAUCGGACCCCAAAUCAGAGAGUGACAUCCAACGUAUCAUGAAGGAGCUCAGCUCUAUGCCAGAAAGUAGAGAUGGGAUCGCCGUAUCGAUAUCGAUACCGGUAUGCUCGCAAGGACUAGUAGUGCUCUACCAAGCAGACUCAAAUAAUGUGAUGACACGGUACGCGGUGAAUCGUAUCUCGUUCUACGCUCGCGGCGCUGCAGGUUCUCCAGUCGCCUCCUGCUUCGCCUUCACAUGGUCUCACGGCGAGACCAAGGAGUCCGCAGUGUAUAGGUGCCAUGUCUUCAGGUGUCACAUCGCUGAGGCCGUCAAUCAGGUUUCAAGCUGUUUCGCCAAAGCGUUUGAGCGUAUCCCCCGGUCAAUGGCGUCAUCCCUGGUGGGUGAUCUGAGCGCUGCGCCCUCUAUGACUGGCUCCCUCACUGAAGGCACUGGACCCGCAGUACCACCGAUGCAACUUAUGCACGUACUUGAAUGUACUGUUGAUAUCAAAGAGACUGAUGCGAAGGGUACAUUCAGCCAUGUGCCGAAGGAGCGUCUCGGCUUCAAGCUGCGCGGUGGAAUAGACAAGCAAGUGACUAUAAAUGUGAAACAGGUCACUAACAACAUACAGCCAGAGUCUGAUGACCCACAGUCAACUUACACCGGUGGUUUAUACAUCGAACGCUGCUUCGGCAUCCUCCUCGCUCCCGGUAGGAGCGUGAAGCAUUCAGACAUGAGGCUUCUUGAAAUGGUGAGUGGUUCAUCAGGCGGGUCUGGUUGUUCAGUGUGCGCACUGUGGAACGCUGGCGAAUCAGCUCUGGCCGCCUUCAACGUAGCCAGCGGGGACGGCGCGCCCGCGUACAUGUCACUCGCAUUGGAUCUGGUCAUCAGAGGGAUACCUGAUCCUUUGAGAUUGGUAAUUGAGACUCCAGUAAAGAUAUUCCCGCCUACUGAGCGAUUCUGGUACUACUCGAAACGGCCACUUGUUCAACAGUUUUACAUUAAUCUGAAAGAGUCAGUAGACGCGCUGGGUCAACUUCAAUACGAGGUGGCCAGCAUCGAGACUUCGGAUGAGUUAGACAGAUCUCGCUUGAACUUACCACUCUCACUAUCAAGUCUGUUGCCAUCACCGCUGUCCAGUGCACCCGCACCACCCUCGCCGUCUGAGCCUGAUUCUGAUGGCGAUGAACCACUUCUCAGUGGGACUGGGGAAGUAUCAAAAGACUGCGGCGAGGAUGUACUCGUCAAUUGGGCUCAAGUACUGAGGAGCUGGACAGGCCCUCGUCCACGUGCAUUGAACCACUUGGUACGCGUUGGAGUGCCGGAAGCUCUUCGCGGUGAAGCGUGGCUGCGACUGGCUGGAGUUGACCAGAACGACAAGCUCAUGGAGACUUAUAGGACGCUUAUUAGCAAAGACUGUCCAUUCGAAGCGGUGAUCCAACGCGAUAUAGCGCGUACGUUCCCCGCACACGACUUCUUCCGCGAGGCAGGCGGACUGGGACAGGACUCUCUGCUACGGAUGGCGCGCGCAUACGCCGUGUACGACCACGAGGUCGGAUACUGCCAGGGACUCAGCUUCUUGGCUGCUACCUUGCUUUUACAUAUGCCAGAAGAGCAAGCGUUCUGUCUACUAGUUCGACUCAUGUAUGGUUAUGGUCUGCGUGAACUAUACAAGGACGGGUUCGAAGCUCUCUACAUGAGGCUACAUCAACUCGACAGGUUAAUGGAGGAGCAACUAACAGACUUGCGCGCUCACUUCCAAGAGCUGGGUGUAGAGCCACACAUGUUUGCGUCACAGUGGUUCCUCACCGUGUUCACAGCACGUUUCCCUCUACCCUUGGUGUAUCACAUCCUCGACGUGUUUCUACUGCAAGGCAUCGACACCCUGUUCCAAGUGGCGCUGGCGCUACUGUCCCGCUCGCGCAAGGACCUGCUGCAGCACGACUUCGAAGGGGUACUCAAGUACUUUAGAGUAACAUUGCCAAAGAAAUGUCGGGCGGAAGAAUCGUCUCGCCAAAUUGUGAAACUUGCGUGCAGUAUUAAAGUUAAACGGUUGCCCAAAUACCAACAGGAGUACGAGAAAUUCAUUAAAGAAUCUGCGGAAAAAGAGAAAAUAAACGUUGAACUCGAGAGAUUAAAGGUCAUCAACACGCAGUUACUACAGGAAAAAGAGUUAUUAGAAGCGCAGUUGACGGAGGCCCGCACAACUUCAGAAGAAAGUCAGAAGGAAGCAGCGCAUUUCUCAGCGGUAGCGCGGGAUUACCGCGAGAUAUGCGCCAGACUCGACAAACAGUUACAUACUAUGCAGGACUACAUUAAGGACUGUGUCAGUUGCAGCGUGAAACUUGCGCAAAAGGAUAAUAAGGAAGAAGAACAAAAAGGCGAUGACAAUGAAGGUUCAAGCGAGACAGAGGCUCGACUGAGGCAACGUGUCCGCGACCUUGAACUGGAACUAGCGCAAGUGAAACUCGCACAUGUGCAGGCACAGUGCAGUAAUCAAGAACUAAGCCACCAACUGACGGUCGCUCUGAACGAAGUGCAGUCAGCCGUCAACCAGAAGCAAACAGUCGCGCCCUGGCUAGUGCGCACACUCAAUUCCAUCAUGGAAGCGGCGCAAACUCGACCAUCGUUCCAGACUUAUCUCCCGAACACUACAGAACAGCCCGCGACACCACUGCACAGGCAAGGCUCCUUCUCAACCGGACAGUCUCACAGCCACGGGAACCUCGACCGCCGCGUCUCAGAACCUUACAGCCCAGACGUCGUCCGGAGGAAGAAAGACCUUAACGCAUCCAAACGGCACUCCCUACUCGUCGAGUCUAACCUCUCGAAAGAGGCCAAAGAAAUCAACCGACGAAGCCAUGACGUCACCAUCGUCAAAAACCUCUCGAUGGGUUGA